CUUGCUUACUCCUUCCCUCUCUUCCUUAAACCUCUUACCCACGAGAAGAGACUGUGAAAGAUUUAAUCUUUUCACUUUCCCAUCUCAGCCAAGCUCAAGCAAUUGUAGCCAUGGCUCUUAUAGUCGAGAAGACCACCUCCGGUCGUGAAUACAAGGUCAAGGACAUGUCUCAGGCCGACUUCGGACGUCUCGAAAUUGAGCUCGCCGAAGUUGAAAUGCCUGGUCUCAUGUCCUGCCGUACUGAAUUCGGACCUUCUCAACCAUUCAAGGGUGCGAGAAUUACCGGAUCUCUUCACAUGACCAUCCAAACAGCCGUUUUAAUCGAAACCCUGACCGCUCUAGGUGCUGAAGUCAGAUGGUGUUCUUGCAACAUCUUCUCAACCCAGGACCACGCUGCUUCAGCUAUAGCCCGUGACUCUGCCGCUGUUUUCGCCUGGAAGGGUGAGACCCUCCAGGAAUACUGGUGGUGCACUGAACGAGCCUUGGAUUGGGGCCCUGAUGGCGGACCGGAUCUGAUCGUCGACGAUGGUGGUGACGCUACUCUACUUAUUCAUGAAGGUGUUAAGGCUGAGGAGGAGUUCGAGAAGAACGGUACAAUUCCGGAUCCGAGCUCGACCGACAAUGCUGAAUUUCAGAUCGUGCUGACCAUUAUUCGAGAUGGGUUGAAGACUGAUCCUAAGAGGUACCAUAAGAUGAAACAAAGACUUGUUGGUGUGUCUGAAGAGACUACUACUGGUGUUAAGAGGCUUUAUCAGAUGCAACUCAAUGGAACCCUUUUGUUCCCUGCUAUCAACGUCAAUGAUUCUGUCACUAAGAGCAAGUUUGAUAACUUGUACGGUUGCCGACACUCACUUCCCGAUGGUUUGAUGAGAGCCACCGACAUCAUGAUUGCUGGUAAGGUAGGUGUUGUUUGUGGCUACGGAGAUGUGGGCAAAGGCUGUGCUGCUGCUCUGAAGCAAGGUGGUGCCCGUGUAAUUGUAACUGAAAUCGAUCCAAUCUGUGCUCUCCAAGCUCUAAUGGAAGGUUACCAGGUUCUAACCCUGGAAGAUGUUGUCUCUGAAGCUGACAUCUUUGUGACCACAACCGGAAACAAGGACAUUAUCAUGUUGAGCCACAUGAAGCAGAUGAAGAACAAUGCAAUAGUCUGCAACAUUGGUCACUUCGACAAUGAAAUUGACAUGCUCGGGAUAGAAACAUAUCCAGGAAUUAAGAGGAUCACCAUCAAGCCACAAACAGACAGAUGGGUCUUCCCUGAAACUAACACUGGCGUCAUCAUUCUAGCAGAAGGUCGUCUGAUGAACUUGGGUUGCGCUACAGGUCACCCUAGCUUCGUGAUGUCGUGCUCAUUCACUAACCAGGUGAUUGCUCAGCUCGAGCUCUGGAAUGAGAAAGAUUCAGGUAAGUAUGAGAAACAGGUCUAUGUUUUGCCUAAACAUCUUGAUGAGAAAGUUGCAGCUCUUCAUCUGGGUAAGCUUGGAGCUAAGCUGACAAAGCUAAGCAAAGAUCAGGCUGAUUACAUCAGCGUGCCGGUUGAAGGUCCUUACAAGCCUGUUACCUACAGGUACUAAGAAGCUCAUGAGGAAGAUGAUGGUGAUGAAGCUAUGAUGUUGUUCGUAGAAGAAAAUAAGGAAGAUUCUUUCUGAGUUUGUGUUGUUGAAUUUGUGUGUUUUUAUUAUCUAGAGUAACAACUGCAUUUUGUUUUAAGAAUAAAAUUGUGUUAUUAUUAUUAUUCAACUAAAUAGUUGGAACAAA